UUAAAAAAAUCAAACUUUUUCUGUAAAUUUACUUCUAUGUUAAACAACAAUUAAUAAAGCAAAAUUGGUGCUUAAAAUCUUGAUUAGGUAGAUGAUAAUGAAGGGGUUUCUUCUAAAAUGAUACCUUAAAACAGAUAUAAAAAUAUGGAACUAGGUAGGUAAAAUGGUAACCAAAACUAAUAAGGAGGUAUGGGUGAACCAAAUUAUAACUAUCCUCCGAUGGCACAACCUUAUUAAGAUAACUUUUAGCCUACUCUUUCUCAACCAUAGUAAAUUCUCUAAGUUUCUAACCCAAGUCAGUAGUAGCAAAAUGCUAAAACAGAUCUCUUUAUCAAUUUUGAUAUGCCUUAAAUGUAAAUUUAAGAUUCUAAUUCUAACGUUCCUAAAUCACUUGAGCCAUCUUAACCAAAUCAGCAUAGAAUUAUUGCAAUUCAAGAUGAAGAAAAUAAACUAAGAAGUCCAAACCCAAACACAUACUAAAAUCAAGUUGAGUAAUAAAAUUUAGGUUAUUAGUAGCAACCUCCACUACCAUAUAAUUAAUACCCAGCACCCUUGCCUUAAGGUUAACAGCCAUAAAUGCUCAUGUAGAAUUAAAACAUGUAUGCUAACCAAAAUGGUGUAAAUGCUUACAACGGAUAAAAUGGUUAUGAUCCAAAUGAUUUUGCUAAAAUGCAACAACAUGGCUAAUAAAAUAAUUAAUAUCAAAUGGAUCCCAACCCUUAAAUGAUGAAUUAAAAUUAUUAACAAGGCGGUUAUCCAUAAAAUGUAUAAUAAUCUAAUCCUUAUCCCUACUAUCCCCCUCCUCCAAUGAUGAAUUAACCUAACAAUCCAUAUCCCCCCAAUCCUUUAGCUGCUAAUCCGAAUUAAGUAAGGGUAGAAAUUAAAGAUUUAAGAUAAGUUCCCUAAACCUAAUCUUAGAGCAUAGAGAAAAGACCAUAUACUAGGUAAUAAACUAGAGGAAAGAGAAAAAAUACAUAUGUCAAGAGAAAUACUGUUUCAUACGCUGUAGCAACUUCUACUAGCAACCAAGUUUAUUUGUUUAUAGAUACACCAGGAUACCAUAGCAAUUAAUGCUGUUGCAUGAUGUUAUAUGCCGAUGAUUGUUGUAUAAAAUGGAUGUGUGAUCUCUUAUUUUAACUUAUAUUUCUACCAUUUAGGAUUUUCAAUUUUAUUUUUAAAUCUGUUGGAUCACUUUGCUGUAAAGAGUCUUGCAAUUUAUGUGUAGAAGGAUGUUAAAAUUGUUUCUAUGCUCCAUUUAGAUGCUAUGGAGAUUGGAUGAAUUAGUGCUGGUUUGCUUGUUCUAAUUUCUGCUGUUAAGGAAUUGAUUUUAUCCCUGCUACUUUUUCUUCUCUAUAUACUAAUUGCUGUUAAAAAUGUUGCCUACAAACAGGAUAAUGCUUUAAAAAUUGUUGUGUUUUCAAUAUAGAUUGUAAUUGUAAAUGCCUUCCUGAUUGCCCUGACUGCUCUGAUAUAUUUAAGAAUAGUAAUGGGGAUUGCUGCUGCUUUGAAUGCUGUCAUGAUAUAGGAGAUUGUUGCUUCCAUUUAUGCUCUCCUCAAGGAUGUUGUGAAGAUAUGUGUAAAUGUUGCAGUAAAACUACUUGUGAUUGUAUUAAUAGUGAUUGUAUAGCAAGCACAUGUAGCUGUUGUGUAUCAAUCAAAUCUGUUGAGAUAGGAGAGGAAAUUGUUAAAUUUUUUGAAUGUUGCUUUUGCAUAUUUUUCAAGACAAUUGGAGCUGUCAUAGAAGGCAUGUUAAAAUGA